CAUCCAGUGGGCAUGAACAGACAUGCACUGUCUGGAACAACCAGCAUCAUCCCUGGGGUUGAUCUUUCCCGAAGCUUUGCUUGCGUACUCGAGGCUGUGAAUCACUUUUCUGAGGUAAAGAUGAAAAUAUUCAUUACAAAACAACAAAGAUUUAAUGACUUCAUUAAGCAUGUGACUCCUCUGAAACAUGACCAGAGUGACACAAACUGUACACGACGGACUCCUCCCAUUACAACCUCAUAUACAGACAAUAGUGGGAGGCACAAGCAAACGCCAUACUCUCUCCAGUCUGUCUUUUACCUUAACUGUAAAAGAUGGCAGAGGAAGAAGCUGGUAUUUUUGUUAAUCAGGAGCAGUUCAGCUGUACCAUCUGUAUGGACCUUCUGCGGGACCCCGUGACCAUUCCUUGUGGACACAACUACUGUUUGGAGUGCAUUAAGAGCUACUGGGAGCAGAAGAACCAGAAGUUGUGCAGCUGUCCAGAGUGCAGACAGACCUUCUCCCCGAGACCCGCGCUCAACAAAAACACACUGUUUGCUGAAGUUGUUGAGAAACUGAGACAGACUGGAAUGCGUUCCCCCACCAUCCCCGGAGCGGAGAAUGAUGAAGUCAUUGCAAAAGAAAAGCAGGACCUCGUCAUGUUCUGUCAGCAAGAGCUUAAGCAGUCACAGAGGAGAUGCCAGCAGGUCAUAAAGGAGCGUGAGACGGAGCUACAGGAUCUGAGUCACGCCGUCCUCUCUCUCAGGAGCUCUGCCCAGGCAGCAGUGGAGGAUACGGAGAAGAUCAUCAGUGAGCUGAUUCAGUCCAUUGAGGCACUGUGUUUUGAGGUGACAGAGAUGAUAAAAGCAAAGGAGCAGAUGGAAUUAGACGAGGCACAUGGAUUUAUGGAGAAACUAGAGCAGGAGAUCGCAGAGUUCAAGAGGAGAGAUGCUGAAUACGACACGCUUGCACACCUUGAUGAUGAAACUCAGUUCCUGAAGAGCUAUGAAGCACUGUGUAGUCAGCCGGAGUUGGUGACCUCUCCUGCAGUUCUAGUUAAUCCGGACUUCUCUUUUGAGAUGGUGUCAAGAAAACUCACAUAUCUGUGUGAGGACAUUAAAGAUCUGUGCCAGAAGAAAUUGGAGAAAUUGUCAAAAAAAGGUAAGUCGUCAUCUGAAUAUAUUUUGAAUAGCAUGCUAACUACACAUUUCAGUGUAAAAUUGCAGUAUAUUCCAGAUUCGGGUCCCCUGACUCUCGACCUGAACACGGCUCACAGAAACCUCAGCGUUUCCUCAGAGACUGGUGAGGUGACGUGCAGCAAAACCUCUCUCUCCGUUCCUGACCACCCAGAGAGGUUUGACAGCUAUUACCAGGUCCUGUGCAGGGAGAGCGUGUCCGGCCGAUGUUACUUCGAGGCAGACAGGAAAGGAAAGAGCACCCUGUGUGCGUUUGGACACAACGCCCAGUCCUGGAGUCUGGUGUGCUCUGAGGAUACAUAUGCAUUCUGGUACAAUGGACGGGAAACUAAGAUUCCCAAAAUGCAGUGGGCUCGCAGGACUGGCGUUUAUGUUGACUUUUCUGCAGGAAUUUUGGCGUUUUACAGCAUCACAGACUCAAUAAAUCUCAUCUACAGAAUUCGGAUUGCAUUCACUCAACCGCUCUAUCCUGGAUUCAGAAUUAACACCGGGUCCAGUAUGAGACUUUGUUAUCCACUUUAAUGGCAUGAAAUGGAGAUUAUUCAGUUAUUUGAAACUUAAGAAAUGAAGUAUGAGAGGUCAGGCUCCAUUGGUUAACAUUAGUUAACUACAUUAGCUCACAUCAGCUAACAAUAUAAAGUGCUUCUAAAGCAUAUAUCAAUCUUAGUUAAUGUUAAUUUCAUCAUUUACUAAUAUAAUAUUAAAAUCAUGGACUAACAAUGAA